AUGUUCACUCGUUUUUCCACGUCUGGACUGCAGGUCGUCAAUGAAUUAUAUCUCUACUCAAUGGAGGGCAAACAGCUUGCUCCAGAUUUCGUUGGUGCUACAGAAGUCAAUGGCCGCCGAGCACAGUUGCACUUUGUCGUGUUCCUGACUGGGUUUACCAACCCUGGGAUUGUGGCACGAUACGAUUUUGAUGAACCAGGUGAAGACAAAUGUUGGAGCAUUUACUGGUUAACAAUAAUGGAAAGGCUGGUACCGGAUGAGUUCAGCGCUGAGCAAGUCUGUCCUUUCCUCCAAGUCCCGUUUCUCAACCUUAUGGCCGACCUGCGACAACGCGGGGGCAGCGUUAGGGUUCGUGUCGGUGGUAAUACUCAAGAGACCGCUACCCUAGUGGCCAGUACCCCGGACAGUGCAGCUCUCGAGAAGGACUACGCAGGCAUAGCCAACCCCACGGCAAUGCUGCCCCUUGUCUUCACAACUGAGAUCAUCAAAAUGAUGGCCGAGAUAUCUGCACUCACUAAUGUCUAUUGGUACAUGGGUGUGCCGUUCAAUGACACUCAGUAUUGGCACUUGCAGAUCGCUGAAGCCAAAACUUAUUUUUACUUGUUUGCCCUUGCGCUUCCUCGCUUGCCCUCGUGUUCGUUCGUUCGUUCUCGCAUUGACUUGUUUGGUCUUGCGUUCCCUCAUUUGUUCUCACAUUGA